CCCGAGGCUCCCUUGGAAGCGGGAGGCGUUGCUUUCCCUCCCGCCGCCGGGGGAUGCGCCCGGGCUAAGCGGGGCUCGGCUCCCUCCCGCCGCUCCGUCCGCCCCCCCUCCCCAGUUCUCCUCCUCCUCCUCCUCCCCCCAUCCAGCAGCAUGCAUCCCUCUGCGCGGAGCCCGGCCGCCGCCACCUCCAGCCCUGCCAUGCUGCUGCUGCUCCUGUGCCUGGGCUGGGUGCCGCCGGGCUGGGGCUGGUCGCGGGGCAGCUCCCGGGGGGCUGCCGGGUUGCCCCCCAACGCCACCACGCCGAUCUCCAUCAUGGGCUUGAUGCCGCUCAGCCAGUCCGAGGAGGACCAGAAGAGCAGGAUCGGCCGGGGGGUGCUGCCCGCCGUGCAGCUGGCCAUGGAUCAGAUCCGCAACGAGUCCCUGCUCAACCCCUAUUUCCUGGACCUGCGCCUCUACGACACGGAGUGUGACAAUGCAAAGGGACUCAAAGCCUUUUAUGAUGCAAUAAAAUAUGGACCUAAUCAUCUGAUGGUUUUUGGUGGUGUAUGUGCAACCGUUACCUCUAUCAUUGCUGAAUCUCUAAAAGGAUGGAAUUUGGUUCAGCUUUCAUUUGCAGCAACAACCCCAGAGUUGGCUGACAAGAAAAAAUAUCCUUAUUUCUUCCGGACAGUGCCAUCUGAUAAUGCAGUGAAUCCAGCAAUUUUGAAGUUGCUCAAGUAUUACCAAUGGAAGAGAGUAGGAACUUUAACCCAGGAUGUACAAAGGUUCUCUGAGGUGAGGAAUGAUCUGACUGGUGUUCUGUACGGUGAAGAUAUUGAAAUUUCAGAUACUGAGAGUUUCUCCAAUGACCCUUGCACAAGCGUAAAGAAGCUUAAGGGUAAUGAUGUUCGGAUAAUCCUUGGCCAGUUUGAUGAGGAAAUGGCUGUGAAAGUUUUCUGCUGUGCUUAUGUUGAAGAAAUGUAUGGCAGCAAGUAUCAGUGGAUUAUUCCAGGGUGGUAUGAAAAUCUUUGGUGGGAAUCCUGGAUUAAUUCUUCGCAGUGUCUCAGCAAAAAUCUUCUUGCAGCCAUGGAAGGUUAUAUUGGAGUGGAUUUUGAGCCUCUCAGUUCAAAAAUGAAUAAGACCAUAUCAGGAAGGACUCCACAACAAUAUGAAAGGGAAUAUAACGCAAAGCGUGGUGAUGGACAAUCCAGCAAAUUUCAUGGUUACGCCUAUGACGGAAUAUGGGUGAUUGCCAAGACCUUGCAGCGUGCAAUGAAGUAUCUCAAUGCCACCAACAAGCACCAAAAAAUUGAAGAUUUUAAUUAUACAAAUCACAAACUUGGCAAAAUUUUUCUGGAUGCUAUGAAUGAAACAAACUUUUUCGGAGUAACAGGUCAAGUUGUUUUCAGGAAUGGAGAGAGGAUGGGAACCAUCAAAUUUACGCAGUUCCAAGAAAGAAAGGAAGUGAAGGUGGGAGAGUACAAUGCUGUAGCUGACACGCUGGAAAUAAUCAACAACAGCAUCAGGUUCCAAGGACUUGAACCUCCAAAGGACAAAACAAUUAUACAAGAGGAGCUACGGAAGAUCUCUCUACCACUCUACAGCAUCCUUUCAGCCCUCACAAUCCUAGGAAUGAUAAUGGCCAGUGCUUUCCUGUUCUUUAACAUCAAAAACAGAAAUCAGAAAUUAAUAAAGAUGUCCAGUCCCUACAUGAACAACCUUAUUAUCCUUGGAGGAAUGCUUUCUUAUGCAUCUAUUUUUCUUUUUGGUCUUGAUGGAUCCUUUGUCUCUGAAAAGACAUUUGAAACACUCUGCACAGUCCGAACAUGGAUUCUUACAGUGGGAUAUACAACUGCAUUUGGUGCAAUGUUUGCAAAAACAUGGAGAGUUCAUGCCAUUUUCAAAAAUGUAAAAAUGAAGAAAAAGAUCAUUAAAGACCAGAAGUUAAUGGUGAUAGUUGGAGGGAUGCUACUCAUUGAUCUUUGCAUCUUGAUUUGCUGGCAGGUUGUGGAUCCUUUAAGAAGGACAGUGGAAAAGUAUAACAUGGAGCCGGACCCUGCAGGCAGAGACAUCUCCAUCCGACCCAUCUUGGAGCACUGCGAGAACACUCACAUGACAAUUUGGCUUGGGAUUGUCUACGCAUAUAAAGGGCUCCUGAUGUUAUUUGGUUGUUUCUUAGCCUGGGAAACACGAAAUGUCAGCAUUCCUGCUUUGAAUGACAGCAAAUACAUCGGAAUGAGUGUAUACAAUGUCGGGAUUAUGUGCAUUAUUGGUGCUGCUGUUUCAUUUCUUACUCGGGACCAACCCAACGUGCAGUUCUGCAUUGUUGCUUUAGUCAUAAUUUUCUGCAGUACCAUCACUCUCUGCCUUGUGUUUGUACCUAAGCUCAUCACACUGCGGACAAAUCCAGAUGCAGCCACGCAGAACAGAAGAUUUCAGUUCACUCAAAAUCAAAAGAAAGAAGACUCAAAAACAUCGACGUCGGUCACCAGCGUCAAUCAGGCCAGCACCUCUCGGCUAGAAGGACUGCAGUCAGAGAACCACCGCUUGAGAAUGAAAAUUACAGAGCUGGACAAAGACCUAGAAGAGGUCACAAUGCAGCUUCAGGACACACCUGAGAAAACAACGUACAUUAAGCAGAACCACUAUCAGGAUCUCAAUGACAUUCUCAGUAUACGGAACUUUACAGACAGCAAAGAUGGUGAGAAAGCAAUCUUGAAAAAUCAUCUUGAUCAAAAUCCACCAGCACAAUGGGGCACAUCAGACCCUUCCAGAACAAGCAAAGAUCCUAUAGAAGACAUCAACUCUCCAGAACACAUACAGCGUCGGCUGUCCUUGCAGCUGCCCAUCCUGCACCACGCCUACCUGCCCUCCAUAGGAGGAGUUGACGCGAGUUGUGCCAGCCCCUGCGUAAGCCCCAGCGCCAGCCCUCGGCACAGGCACGUGCCACCCUCCUUCCGAGUGAUGGUUUCUGGGCUGUAGGAAGGAGAGAUCAGUGCUUCCUGAACUGCUUUUAAGUACUCAAAGACUGGUCUAAACAUCUGACAUAGAACUCUGCUACAAGCACGUGACAUUGGCUCUGAGCACAGAGAAACUACUGCUGAGGCCACCGCCACAGGAGUGCCAGGGUAGCUCAUGUGGGAAGGCGAAGGAGGAGGACACGAGGAGCUUGAUCUGUAGCCUUAUUCAUGGAGUUUUUAUUUCUUCACGUAGAAGUCACUGAAAACAUUUCUUCCCAAAUUUCUACUAACAACAAGGAGGCUGGGAAAUACGAAUCUAGCAAAAAAGACUCUAGGAAAAACACUCAAAUGUCACUGAGCUUUACGUGGCUGCUGAGAACAUGCAAUUCUAUACUGUAUCCAUGUAAGGAAAAAUACAGUGAUUGAGCUAUAAUGUAUUUAUUGAAAUAGAUACACUCAUUUUUACAAGAGUUGUGUUAAAUUGCUGGAAACAUUCUGCACUGGUUAGUCUUGCUCGUUUUCAUUUCAGGGAUGAUGUUCUGUAGGAAAGAAGGAAUGUGAGAAAUGAUUCCUCGGGUGCCAUUGAGACUGCAGGGUCACCUCAAACUAACAACGGUACAGGAAGCCCGAGCAGGGGCUGAAGUUACAACAGGAGAGAGCUGCUGAUGGAAUCACAGUACUUUGCCCUUCUCCAGGGAUGGCAGCCACUGCUGGCCAUCGGCAGCUUCGGUUUAAUGAGGUCUCAGAGCAAGCACCACCAACCAUAAUGUACUAAACUGCCUGGAAAAGUCCUCGGGCUGAGGACAGCUGGGUAGUAAAGUCUUAAUGUCACAGGAUGGAUUGUUUUUCAUAGUUUGUUUGAAUUAUGUCACACACAAUUACAAUAAAAAUAAUUUAGCGGACUGGGGGUGGGGGGUUAGGGCACAGCACUUUGCGGCUGCAGGCAACACCUGCAGAGCACAUAGAUGUGGCCAUACACUAUGUUUGCUUCGUACCUGCUUGUGUGACAGUCGUGGUGGACAACAGAGAAAACAGAUCAAAUUUACCAAUAGAAUAUUUCAUUUGAAUCUUCAAAGGGAAAAAAAAAAAAAAAAAAAAAGAAAAGAAUAAAAAUCAAAAACAACUCAAAAGCGUGGUUUUUACACUUUAGCUCUAUCCUCUGAACCGAAGUAAUUAGGAGGAACGAUAGCGGCACACCAUCUGGACCAGCUCUGGAGCUGAGCCUCCAGGCACAGGUGAGAUCCACGUGCAAUUUCUUUUUCCAAUGAACUGGAAAUGUGGCAUCUUUCUGCCAGGGCUGCUUGCUAGGAGCAGGGGGAAAAUACCCGAAGCAUCCACUGGGCUCUCAGUCCUCUUUGACCAAUGCCUGUGCAGCACAGACCAGACCUUGGGAAUGACGUUUCUACAAAGGUUUACAAAUUAACCAUGGCUAAAGCACAGCUAAAAAGGUCCAUUAGCUGAGGGACUUAACUGCAGCUUUGAUGAGCUGGCAUAUAUCUCCAUUGAAAAUAGAACACACCUCAUAGUGGCCAAAACCGAUGUGAAUAUAUAUCCGAAUCUUACAAUCAGGAGCAUCACAAAAUGUUUCACUUGGCACAUACAGUAAGAGAGGUUAUGGAAAUAUUGUAGCUUUUAGAACAAAAACAUGUAAGUAUAAACACAGAUAAAAUAGAACUCAUUACUCUGUUUAAGCACUAAACACUGACGUUGUCACUCAAUGUGUGUUGACAGUAUUCUCUUGCUUUAUUAAUAUCAUCAGGGCCUGGUUUAUUUUGAAAGGAAUGUUAAUUUUUAAAAAGAGAAAAAAAAUACAAAACUGUAUAUAAUGUAUACACAAAGAUCUCUGUAGAAAUAUUAUUCCAACUUAGCAGGAAAAAAAAAUCAGAAGUAUCGGACCAUUGGAGGUGAGUGUGUGUGUGUGUCUGUAACUUCGUGAAUACUGACUGUGUGACGUUUAUUAGGUUUAAACCAUGCAGUACAUUCUUUGUCUCAAUGAUACUGUAGUUUCUCCCAUAACAUUUUUUUUUUUUUUACUUUACUGCAGAUAACAAGACCAACCAAGUGAAUAUAGCUAUUUAAUGUUUCUGUUCUUUUAUACUGCAGCAAAAAUGUACUGUAAAUUUAUGAAGAGGCUGUGCCCCAAUGGCAUUUUCCAAUGAUGUUAGUGCACAAAUGCUUUAAACUAGACUGGAACUGCCAGAAUAAAAUGUAAAUGAAGAAUUUCUUGUAUAACCUUAUACUGCAUGAGAUCAAUUUUUAAUAAAUUGUUGCAAAUCUGUUUUUAUGAAUAAAAUAUAG